AUGAACCUAUAUUGCCCAGCCCCUAAGGUGCUGAAGAUCUAUAGUGCAACUUACCAUCAAACGAAAAGGGACAAUUGCACAAGGAAAUCUGAAUAUUGUGCUCCUGAUGAUAAAAAAAGUUUGAUAAGUGAGCGUUGCAAAGGAAAAACGGCGUGCAAUGUCACAGUAGAUACGAGUACAAUGGGAGACAAUUGUCCCGGCAUGUUGACCCUUAAGUAUCUGAAAGUCGUGUAUUUGUGUGGUAAGUAAUGAAUUAUCACAAUAAAAUACCGAUCAGUUUUUAAGGGUGAGACAGUUCAAGUUAGAACCGUAGACAUUACUUGUAAAUCUUACUUUUGCUUUUAAUAGAUUAAGAAAAAAUCAAAAUGGUGGCGUUCCUGAAUAAUAUUUUAAAUAAUUGCAAAUCUAUACGUAAAUUUAUGUAAUGUAAGGCCAAGGCUUUGAAAGGAAAGUAUCCAUCCAUUUGUGGCUUCAUUAAUUCAUUUGGUCACUCGCUCAAGCACUCAUUCAUUCACUCGUCCAUACAUUUAUUAUUCGUUCAUGUAUGUAUUCACUUAUUCAUUUCUUUGAAAUUUUUCUUGCUCAGGGGGCUUUUUAUUUUUUUUAAAGUUUUAAUUCAUCUCUGUUUAGGACUGCCAUAUACGAAUUCAUAUAGGGACAUCAAAAUUGAACACAUCUGCCAGGACGACUCGAUGUAUUUAAGUUGCACGGCCUCAAAGGUGCUUAAUAUCAUCCAGGCAAGAUACGGGCGAGAGAAAAAAGAUAAAAAAAAAAUUUGCAUAGGGAGAAGGAUGGAUUAUGUCAACACUGCUGAAUAUUGCGCCCCAGAUGAUAGGGAAGAUUUUGUAAAAGGGCGUUGUGAAGGACGCACAAAGUGUAAUUUCACAGUAGAUACGAGUACCAUGGGAGACAAGUGUCCGGGCAUGUCGGUCCAUAAGGAUCUGAAUGUCAGGUAUGGCUGCGGUAAGUAAUAAAUUUCCAUGAUAAAUCUCCAAAAUAUCAUGAUUUGCGUUACAUCCUAUCUUGCGUCUAUUUGAUCUGUUCUUUGAGAUUAUGGAAGAAAUUCUGGCAUUACAGAAUAAUGAUGAGCCGGUGAAGGGUCAGAGAUGUAACAUUUCUUUUUUACUUGAAAUUUUUAGUAGAGAAAGUAUCACUUACACCACCUACGACCGUACCCUCUACUGCGUUCGCCGAAAACAAGUCUACAACGGUAUUGACAAAACCUUCCUCACCCUCUGCACCCUUUAACUACGCAACUCAGUCCACGACGACUGAGAUGAGCCCGAAGUAUCCUGACGACAAUGAUGAAGAAGACGACUCCGCUGGUUAUGGCUUUGUCAUAUAUAAUACUGGAUACGGCAAUCAGAUCUCUCAUGUAAUGACAGCCUUGCUGUUUGUUGUAAAUUUUCAUUUUCAACCUCUGUAAUUAUCAAGUCGCCAAGCAACCGCUGAAUUCUACACUUGGAACUCUAAGCAAACGACAAUUAAACACGAACAAGCCUGACGACCAACAAAUGGGGAUAUUAAGUCAACCAAACAUUUGGCGCUCCUUUAUUGUCUGUUUGGUGACUACGUUAAAAACAAUUCUUCGUGUAUCGUGUAUUACUUAUUUCUAAUAUAUAAUUAAUCAAUCCAAGAUAAUUCUGAUCUUAAGAAAAGGUUGAAUAUUACCUUCUGACAGACAUCAUUUCUUGAGCCGUGGUCGUAAUCGCUUAAACUCCAGAGCCCAGUUGUUGAGAGGGUAGAUAACGCAAUCCAACGGAUAAGUUACAAUCCAGUGGAUAUUGACCCAACAAACAUACUGCGCUAUCCAUUGGAUAGAGAUUCAUCCAGUGGAUAGCGUUAUCCAUCUCUGAACAAAAGGCUACAGAUUUUUAAAACAAUAGGAAUUUCCAAGAGAAAAAGUGUCAUGCAGUUGUAAGUGAUUUUAUUGUCCUUUAAGAUUCGAUUGCACUCCUGGGUCUUUCAUAGGUCUUUUGGUUUACAUGUCGAUAAGAGUAGUAAGGCGUGGCUCUGCAUUUUUAGCCACAUGUCAGUUAACGAAAAUAUUGCUAUAUUGCAGGAUGGUCAAGAGAAUAAAUCAGCCUUCAUCCAUCCUUUGAUAUCAACUGAUAAAUUAAUGAAUAAUUACUCCUGAAAGAAAUAGAAAUAAAAAUAUUGAUUAUGUCGGUCGCAAGUUGGAAACGGAAUAAAUUCAGAUGCUGACGUUUAAAUGAUUCGUUCGGAAAGACACGACAAGACAACGCUCUUUUUGCAUGAGUCAAUUGAAUAAAAUUUUAAUAUUUGUUUUGAUUUUACAUUAUGGUUGACUGAUUAAAAAGGUUUUUAUUAGUAUCUAGAUAGUUUUGUUACUUUGUGAAUUAGGGAGUUGAAUGAAACAGAGGUUUUCUUGUUAGCUCCCCCGUACAUUUUAAGUUUCAGGCGGCAGAGAGUGAGACAAGAAAAGAAGGGAAAAGUAAAUAAAACAGCAACAUCAACAACAAUAAAGAAGAAUUAAAAGAUAAAAUAAAAGAAACAGUUAGGAGAAAAGUCAGUUGAACUGUAAUAAUUUUAAAGGAAGUGGCUUAAUUUCCUCUUGUUCUGACAGCAGAUAAUGUUUCACUUGCCUUGGAAAUUAAACUACACUAGCGUUUUUGAAGAGGGUGGAAGGUCAUUCCAAAUACCGAUUGCCAUGAAAGAAAUGUAUUGUCUACCCACAUUAGUUCGCACUUCAGGCUGGUAA